CACCACUUCCGUUCCGCCCGACUCCUGUACCUACUUGAUCAACUCUCUACCCCCUUCCUCCGAUCUCCUCUACCUAUAUGCAGCCCAAAUCUCCAUUGAGAUAGCCCGGAAACCAAGGCAGAGCCCUCGGCCAACGCCGAAUGAAUGAACGCGUUCCUCACCUCCCCCUCGCCGCGACCAUGAACAUCGUCCCAAGAUGAUGCGAAUGUUAGAAGCACAGGCGCCUGCUCGACAGACUGCCACCGACACCAUCCAGACCUUGAGUAGUCGCCUGUCAAGUGCUACUCUACUGGAAGACCGCCGCGCUGCCAUCCUUGGUCUGCGCAGUUUCGCCAAACUCUUCCCGGCCUCGGUUGCCUCUGGGGCACUACGAGAUCUCAUUGCAGGCCUUCGUCGAGAUGCCGAAGACCCCGAUACCCUCAAGGUCGUACUGGAGACCCUGUUGAUGCUUUUUGAGCCCGAUGAGACGUCCCCCGAGGCUUCGGAAGAGAUCACACUAUGGCUCGCGGACGAAUUCACUCAGAGGCAGGACAAUAUCACAGCUUUGCUGGACUUGCUGGAGCUGGGGGAGUUCUAUCCUCGUCUAUAUGCACUUCAGAUACUCUCCCACGUGUCAAGUGCACGCCCACAAAGGACACAAGAGGCGGUCUUUGCUGCUCCCCUUGGCGUUUCUAGAAUUACCAAUGUGCUGGACGACAAAAGGGAAGCUGUCCGGAACGAGGCACUAGUGCUUCUAGUUGCGCUGACGCCAUCUUCGGCAGAACUACAGAAAGUUGUCGCUUUUGAGAACGCUUUCGAUCGGGUCUUUGUCCUGAUCGCCAACGACGGCGGUUUGACGCAUGGCUCAACCACUGUACAGGAUUGUCUUUCCCUUUUGGCAAACCUGUUGAGCUUGAACACAUCCAAUCAGUCCUACUUCAGAGAAAUGGGCGGCAUCAUGAAGAUCAAAAAGCUCCUUGCAGCUGUCCUCGAGCAAGAGGAUGGGAAUGAGGGCGUGUCGUCCUGGAUGAAACCUCAACGUGAUAUGAACCUGUGGGGGAUUCUUGGCGUGGUACAGCUCUUCCUCGCUCGUGGUGCUCAAGGCACCCUGUUGAAUCAGCAGGCAUUUUGGCAGACUGCUGUCCUACAGACCAUCCUUCACAUCGCCUUCCACCCAGGCUUCAGUGCUGGCGUGCGUGCAAAAGCAUUACAGACUUGCGGCGAUUUGAUCCGUGGCAAUCACGGUCUUCAAGAAAGAUUCGGCGACCUUCCGGUACAGAUAAAGAUUGCCGAUGGUCCUGCCACAAACGGCCACACUCCGGAGGACGUGCGUAGUAAACAGCCUGUCAAGCCCGUUUACCAGGAACACAACGUCAUCGAAGCCCUCCUGGAAUUGGCACUGGAAUCAAGUCCAAUCGCCCUGUUCGACAUCAGGCUUGCUGCCCUGUCUUGUGUCAAAGCAUUUGUGGAGGGUCAUGCUGGAAUACGAGCUCACGUCCUCCGUCGAGCAAUUGAAGGUCAUCGGAGUGGGGAUGAUGCCAUACCCAAUAUGCUCACAGUCCUUCUUGAGCCUCCAUCUGCCCGCACCAAUGCAGAUCCAUAUCAACAGUGGGUGGCAGCUGUGCUGCUCAUGCACCUCGUCUAUGAGAAUGCCGAGACCAAAUCCAUGGCACUCAAGGUGACGGAAGGAGAUGCUGAGAGUGGUGAGGAAGUGGUGACCUUUGUGCAAAGCAUUGCAAGCAAUGUUAUUGCAGGCAUUCAGCACGUUGAGGAUGAGCGAGCCCUCAUUGGAUAUUUGAUGCUCUUGCUCGUCUGGCUUUUCGAAGACCCAGAGGCUGUCAAUGAUUUAUUGGGCGAAGGAAGCAAUGUCCAAGGUCUGAUCACUGCUGUCAAAAUUACCAAGAGUACUAUGCCUCUUGUUGCCGGUCUGGCAGCUUUCUUGCUUGGAGUUGUCUAUGAGUUUUCCACCAAAGACUCCCCAGUGCCGCGGACUACGCUCCAUGGCCUCCUGAUAGGCAAUAUGGGUCGCGAAACUUAUGUUGACAGCUUAACCCGACUUCGAGAAAACCCCUUUGUGCGCGACUUUGAAGUUCUCCCCCAGGCCGGGAGUGGAGGCCUUCCAGACGUGUUUUUUGACAAGACAUUUAUUGAUUUCCUGAAGGACAAUUUCUCCCGAUUCUUGCGCGCAAUUGACAGAGAUCCCAAGUUUGAAGUUUCUGUUGUGAGUGAAGGAGUACAAAAGGGAGUGUCAAGGGAUUUGGUUGAUAGUCUUCGGGCUCAAGUCGAGGAGCAGAAACAAAGUAUAGAAGCGGCCAACACAGAACUGUUACAGCUGAAAAGAAAAUUGGAGCAGGAAGAGCUGGACCACCGUCGGACGCGUGAGUCUACCGGCGUCGAGCUCUCCCGGAUCCGGCAGAUUAAUCAAAGUUUGCAAGCGAAUCACGAAGAAGAAGUGGCCAAGCUUCAGAGAGAUUUUACGCGUGAACGAGAUUCGCUGUUGAAGAGUCACGAGGACGAAUUGCAUCGACGUCGAAACGAAGGUCUUGGUACGUUGGAGAAUGCCAGGAAACAGCAUGAGAGCGAAAUCAAGCGGCUGGAACAACGCAUAGCAUCGAUCACCAAGGAAGCAGCCGACGAGCUCGCAUCCUUGGUACAGAAGCACAAGCAGGAGAUGGUCGCUGCAGAAACUGAAUUUCAGACCACCCAACAAAAAACGGCAGCAGAAGUUGCAGAACUGAAAAAGACCAUUUCAAGCUUGGAGUCUAAGCUGGAAUCUCAGCGAAAUGAUGCUACUCGAGAGCUAUCUACAGCGCAGGCCGAGCACCAGAAACAGCUCAAACUUCUCGUCUCUGACAAAGACAGCGCAGAUACUCGUGCUAAAGCUGCCCAAAGCGAAUUGAAGUCGACUGCAGAGAAACUUGACCAAGAGAUUGCCCGGCGCAAAGAGGUGCAAACAGAACUGGACGAUCUUCUGAUAGUGUUUGGGGAUGUCCAGGCACAACGAUCAGCCGAUAAGAAACGGCUGAAGGAACUUGGCGAGGAAGUCUCUGAAGAUGAAGACGAAGGAGACGAGGAAGAUGACGGCGAAGACGAAGACGAGGAUGGGGUGAGUGGAAACGAUGAUGUUGACUAACCUAAUCCCAUUUAGCGACCUGUUGCCAUCUGAGGGUUUCUGUAGCAUUGCCAGCAUGGACACAAAAGCCUCGUCGCAUUUAGAAUAAUACCCUG